GCAACAGCCGAGAGGCGUAUUGUAACGUCUGUAAAAAAGUUAUAAACAUUACGUGGAUGGGUGUGAAGGCAGUGAAGUCUCAUAUGGAUUCAAAUAGCCACCAGACAAAGAUGCGCGGACGAAACUCGCAGCUACCGCUGUCACUGUUUUGCGCCGGGACUAGUGCUACACCGACCUCCAUUGCCCCCUCAACCUCCAGCACCGUGACCACAUCUACCGCCGCCGGUACCUCAACCUCACCUGCUCCCAUCAACAGCAUUCCGAAUCAACUGCUCUCCACCACCGCCACACUGCAGGCCGAGGUACUGUGGUGUCUAGAUUUGGCUUCGAAACACCACUCCUUCAACUCCAAUGACGGCAUUGCAGAGCUAUUUGUCAAGAUGUUCCCCGACUCCCAAAUUGCCAAAUCCUUCGCUUUGGCCAAGGACAAGACCGGCUACAUGAUAAAAUUUGGGAUCGCCCCAUAUUUCAAGAGGCAACUAGUCGAGGCCAUAAAUCGUGCCGGCCCUUACGUGCUGAUGUUUGACGAGAGUUUAAACCAAUCGUCCAAAAAAAAACAACUGGACAUUCACAUUCGGUUUUUGGAGGAUGGGUGCGUUCAGUCGCGAUAUUUUGGCUCACAAUUCCUGGGACAUGGAAGAGCUGAUGAUCUGUUGCUGCACAUCAAAGAAUGCAUUGGCCAACUCAACAUGAGGCAGCUCCUCUCAGUUGGGAUGGAUGGGCCCAAUGUAAAUUUUAAACUCCUUGAUCUCCUUCAAAGGGAGUACGCUGAGCUCAAUGGAGGUGCCCAAGUUCUGGUGGUUGGGAGCUGUGGACUCCACACUCUCCACAAUGCCAUGAAGGCCGGAUUUACAGUGUGGCAAAUCGAGAAGUUCCUGCGUGCACUCCAUUUCCUCUUUCAUAACGUGCCUGCCCGGAGAGAGGACUACACCAACACCACUGGAUCUACCUGCUUUCCCCUCUCUUUCUGUGGCCACAGAUGGGUCGAAAAUGUGCCAGUCGCUGAGAGAGCCCUCGAAGUUUGGCCGAUGGUUCAGGCAUAUGUCAGUGCUGCAGAAGAGAAGAAGGUUCAAAAACCGAACACGGCCUCGUACGACACCAUCCUGGCAGCAAGAGAGGAUCCACUGCUAGUACCAAAGCUGCAGUUCUUCAUCUCCAUUGCAAGAGGUUUCAACCCUUUUCUUCACAAGUAUCAGACAGAUGAGCCCGUGUUGCCUUUUUUGGCUAAAGAUUUAACUGAGCUUCUGUUGAGUUUACUUCGGCGAUUCAUCAAAAGGGAGCUCCUACAGGACCAAACCCCCUUGCAACUCAUUAAGUUGGACAUCUCUGAUGAGAAGAACUGGGUCUCCCUCAGAAGGGUGGACAUAGGCUUGGGAGCGGAAUCAGCCAUCAAGGUGAUGUCAUCAUUCAGCAAUUCACCUCUUUUGUCUCAGAUAGCGUCAGAGAUGAGGAAUUCGUGUCCUUCCAGCCCCUCAGCCAGCGCCUGGAUGUCUUCCUCCAUUCGAAACUCCGCACAUCCCACCCUGACCUGCUGAGGUUUUGCCAGAGUGCCCUCCUCCUGUCCCAUGGGCAGGCAUCCGUUGAAAGAGGGUUCUCUGUGAACAAGGAGGUGGAAACAUGCAAUCUCUACGAAGAGUCAC